AUGUCCGCCAAGCACUUCAUCAACGAUCCCACCCUCCUGGUGAACUCGGCACUGGAGUCACUGACCUACACCAACCCGACGGUAGCUCUGGACGCCGAGAACAAGAUUAUCUACCUGCGACCCCAGGAUGGCGUCUCCUCGCAAGUAUCCAUCAUCAGCGGCGGCGGGGCGGGCCACGAGCCGAGCUUCUCGGCGCUCGUCGGCCCAGGACUCCUGUCCGCCGCCGUAUCGGGGACCAUCUUCGCAUCGCCUAGCGCGGAGCAGGUCCGACGCGCCAUCCUCUCCAGGGUGGACACUGACGCGGGCGUCCUGGUCACCGUCAUGAACUACACGGGCGACGUGCUCAACUUCGGCAUGGCCGUGGAGAAGGCCAAGGCCGUUGGGAUCAAGGCUGAGAUGGUGGUCGUCGGGGACGACGUCGGCGUCGGCCGGGAGAAGGGCGGCAAGGUCGGCAGGAGAGGUAUCGCCGGCACGGUCCUGGUGCAGAAGAUUGCCGGAGCCCUGGCCGCGCAGGGUGCUAGUCUGGAGGAUGUGGCCAAGGUCGCCAGGCUCGCGGCGAGUAACCUUGUCAGUGUGGGCGCGAGUCUCGAACAUGUCCAUGUUCCCGGGCGAGCUCCGCCGGACCCCGGCUCCAAGGAGAGCCUCGGGGCCAAGGAGGUGGAGAUCGGCAUGGGCAUCCAUAACGAGCCGGGGUCUGGAAGAGGGGAGGUCGAGCUGCCGGAGCUCGUUGGUCGGAUGCUCUCUCAGCUACUCGACCAGAACGACAAGGACCGAGCCUUCCUGAACGUCAACUCGAACGAGGUAGUUCUUCUGGUGAACAACUUGGGUGGUGUCAGUGUCUUGGAGCUAGGAGGUAUCACGGCAGAGGUGGUCAAGCAGCUCGACAAACAGGGCAUCCGCCCCGUCCGAGUGCUGAGCGGUACAUAUAUGACCAGUCUGAACGGUCUGGGCUUCAGCAUCUCACUUCUGAACGUGGUCAACACAAAUAUCGGCGGGCCAAGCAUGAUUCAGCUCCUGGACGCCGCUGCCGAGGCGCCCGGCUGGGCUGCUCCCAUUCGCAAGGAGACGUGGGAAGCCAAGAACCAGGCGACUCGAGAAGGGGCGACAGCUUCCGACCAAGAUGCCAAGCCUAGCGAUCUGAAAUACGACGCCGCGAAAGCCAAAGAAGCGCUGGUCGCUGGCUUGGAGGCAGUGAUAGCCGCCGAGCCAGAUGUGACCCGGUACGAUACCGUGGUGGGAGACGGCGACUGUGGCAUCGGCCUGAAGAGAGGUGCCGAAGGCAUCUUGAGGCAUCUGUCCAACAAGCCUUUGACGGGCGACGCAGUCGUGGAUCUCGCCAAGAUCGUGUCCGUCGUCGAGACCGAAAUGGACGGCACGUCGGGCGCGCUAUACGCCAUCUUCCUCAACUCACUCGUGCACUCGUUGAGAACACAAGCCCCCGGCGAGGCCUCGCCCGACGUCUGGGCCGGUGCGCUGAAGCAGAGCUGUGACGCCCUGUCGAAAUACACACCCGCCCGGCCUGGUGAUCGAACGGUUGUCGAUGCCUUGUAUCCGUUUGUCGAGACGUUGAAGGAGACGGCCGAUCUGAAGAAGGCGGCCGAGGCGGCGAAGAAGGCAGCCGAGGGCACGAAGGGUAUGAGGGCGAGUCUGGGCCGCACCGUCUACGUGGGUGGCACAGGUUAUGAGAAGGUCCCUGACCCCGGUGCCUGGGGCUUGGCCUGCUUCUUCCUCGGCCUUGCCGGUUUGGAGCCGAUUGCUGAGAAUGCCGCCGACGGCAAAGAUGCGACCUACGAAGAUUGGGAGAAUAUCUAA